AUGUUUUUUUUUAGUUUUAAACCUGGUGAUUAUAUAAGCAUUAAUUUACCACGUGUUGCUCUUUAUGAGUUUCAUCCAUUUACAAUUAGUAGUGCUCCAGAACAAACAGAUUAUCUUUGUGUGCAUAUUCAAGCAGUUGGUAAUUGGACCAAACAAGUCUAUCAACGUUUUAAAGAAAUGUCGGAAAAUGAUGCUCAAGAAAAUCAAAUUAAAAUUUAUCGUGCUGAUAUUCAUCCAGAAGAAUCAGUUAUUAAUCUUCAAAAUAUGGAACAAAAUCAUAUUCACGAUGCUGAUGAUAAUGAUGAAAAUGGAAGUGCUAUAACACAAUCUCAUGUCAAAAUUAGAAAACGAGAACCUGUUUUUAUUAAAGGACCUUAUUCAUCGUGUGCACGUUAUAUAUUUGAUUGUAAACAUGUUGUAUUAAUUGGUGGUGGUAUUGGUAUAACGCCAUAUGCAUCAAUCUUGUCAAGUCUUAUGGCGCAAUUUCGUUCAUCAUAUGUUGUUUGUAAACAUUGUAAUGGUAUUAAUUAUAGUUCUAAAGGUCUUGUAAGAAAUCGUCGUUUAAAAAAAGUUGAUUUUAUUUGGGUAAAUCGUGAUUAUAAAAAUUUCGAAUGGUUUCUUAAUCUUCUUCGUCAAUUUGAACAAGAACAAGAAUAUUAUUUAGCAUCAAAUUCUAAUGCAGAACGUUUUCUUGACAUACAUUUAUACUUUACAGAAAUAAAACAUGAUGAAAAUAUUGGUAAUGUACCAUUAGAUCUUAUUACAAAAAUUUGGGCACAAAUAGCUGGACAAGAUAUUUUUACAAGUUUAAAAUCUAAAACACAUUUAGGUCGACCGCAAUGGAAAGAUCUAUUUAAUGAAUUAAUAUCGGGUGAAAAUGCUUCAACAGCUAAUGAUGUUAGUGUUUUCUUUUGUGGACCACCAACAAUGGCAAAAGCAAUUAAAAAUCAUUGUGCAACUUUUCGAUUUCGAUUUUAUGAAGAAAAAUUUUGA